AUGGAGCCGAGGACGAAGAGGCAGAAAGUCACGAUUGCGUGUGUACCCUGUCGGAGCCGGAAGAUCAAGUGCAAUGGUCUUGGCCCAGUAUGCGCACCUUGCGAGAAGAAGGCAAGCAAUGGAGUCGAGUGUUCAUGGCAACCGAGCAUCACACGCACCCCAACACACUCGUGGAUACAAGUACGACAGAAUUCAAAUUUGGUGGAUAACUCGCCAGCUCGUCGUCCGAAACCAUCUUCAACGUCAGAAGAGACUUGGGCAUCCACUGGCAGCCAACCGGCAUUGUCUUACAUCGCAGGAGUCCACAGCCUUCCAACAUUAUCUCCCAAAGUUCUCAGGUCACGUAGUCCUCAAGCUUCGAGUCAAAGUCGGCACACAUUCGCGGUAUCUCGCCAUGAACACGCCUCAGUUCAUUUGUCAGAGGAAGCUGCUCAGCCCGAACGCUCUGGGCGUGCUAUCAUGGAAGUGCCAGUGGACGAUAGUGGCCAAGAAGGGUUUUUCGGCAGCUCUAGUGUUGAAAACUUUAUGCAAAACGUACAAAAGAUGGUACAGCAGAAGGUUCAGGGAGAAGAUCAACUCAAGGGACUUCCUGAUGCGCAGCCCAUCAAUACACGAGCACUCCUGGCGGCAGAUCACAACAAGCCAGGCAUAAAGCCCAUGGAAUAUGUGCUGCCGCCGCGCCGUCGGGCAGAUGUCCUCUUAUCAGUAUACUGGAAAUAUGUUCACGUUCUCUACCCGUACCUCGAAAAGCCCUCGGUUCAAGCCGAAUACGAGCAACUUUGGAAAGGAGAUGGAUCCAUCUGCGAAGAGCGUUCCUUUGUUGGCCUCCUGAACGUCAUUUUUGCGCUUUCAUGUCUCCUAGAUGAUUCGCUCGCAGCAGAAGAUAGGGAAGAUGCUGCACGUACGUUCUACCUCCGAGCAAGAGAGUUGAUUGAUUUGGUUGAGAAUGGCUCCAUACGCUCAGUUCAAUCGUUUUUACUACUUGGUCAAUACUUUCAAAGCACAAACGCCUCUCACCCUUGCUGGGUGUUUGUUGGUACGGCUAUCCGAACAGCACAGAGUCUAGGACUGCAUCUAGCAGAGACUAGCGAAUCAGCUCCCAAUCCCAAUACUCGCGAGCUCUUGCGCCGCAUAUGGUACGGUUGUGUUCUAAUGGACCGAGUGGUUGCCACAACGUAUGGUCGUCCCUGCAUGAUAGGACCACGAUCUGCCACCAUGGUUCCCCUCCCAAUGUCUAUUAUCCAGUCGCCUCCGGUCUCUGGUGAGCUUAUGGAACAAUCGGAUUCCAUUGACGAUUUCAUUGCCGUGGAGUUCUAUAUCCUGACGUUGAAGCUAUAUGAGAUUCUCCAUGAUGUCGUGUUCAACUUUUACGCCUUCAACUUCCAAAUCCAGCCACUGGAUAUUGACAAAUUCUGUGGUUCAUUGAGCGAAGGCCAUCAGUCGGUCUUUGAGAUCGAGCGUAGGCUAUUUAGAUGGGAGCAGGACGUACCGGAGUAUUUGAAGGUUCCCCAGAGUCAACAAGAAGAUGCCCCAGAUACCGUUGUGCGACGUCAGGCUGUGGUUUUAAAGCAAAGGCAGCUCCACGUCCGCCUACUACUUCUGAGACCGGUCUUGUCAUACUUCGUUACUUCGGAAUUCCACGAUGGACAUCUACCUAUCCCUCUCGGAAGCCUCUUGUCCCAGAGACUACUGUUACAGUGCGCUAUUGUAUGCGUCAAAGUUGCCCUAGAGGCUAUCUAUAUUGUUUGCGCUGAAGGAAGUACUACAGUUGGUCAAAUGGGCAACGUCUCGGCUUGGUGGGAUUGUGUUCUUUACAUCUAUACCUCUGCAACAAUCCUCAUUGCAGCUCGCCUGAGUCCUGCCAUCCUGUCAGAAAUCUCUGAGGAUCUCAUCCUUGAAGGUUGGCGCAAGGCCAUGGCUGUUCUGGAGAGUUACAGUUGUUUGAACCCCACCAUCACCCGUCUGAUAGUGACUCAACGUUUGUUGUUCGAAGCUGUGCCACAGCACUAUUCUCGGCACAAGAAAAAUGCUCAACAGGCUCGACGAAAUGUUGCCGGACCCAACUGCUCCGACAGCGAAGUAUCAACAGUUCCGCAUGAGGAAUCUUUCGGCGUGGCAGCCACCAAGACCAACUCUGAUGAAGCGACAUUGACCGGUGGUAGUCAGGUGGAGGAAAGUGCCCUUCCCAGCAGUCCAUUCUUGGGCUGGGAGACAGGUUUCGACCCUGACGACUUGUCCUGGCUCAUGACGAUUCCUUUGGACUGCUGA